UCUUUAACCAUCAACAGGAACCGGCGGCAGUUUGCAGCAGCGUCUCUUGCUCCAGAUCCCCAUUACAGGUCAGAAGAGAGGAGCCGGUAACCCGCAGGAGCUGCCACUGCAGCCUCCAUCCUGCAGGGUGGUGAUUAUGCGGCCGGGACGGCGUCUGUAACGCGGCUUUAACAGAUCUGAGUCCAGGCUUUUGGGGCGCAUUCCUCUGGAGUCCGUUUGGUACCUUGUUUUUGGGCCAUGAUGGAGGCCAGCGGAGCCCCGACUGAGGUCCUCCUGCAACGUCCAUGGCUUCCUGUGAGCAUCAGCUGCUGCCAGCUGCUAGCCAAGAGCUGGUUUGGGGAAACGGCGUACCACGUCCUGCUGACUGACAUGCACUGUGUGUGGGAGGAGAGGAUGGACUCAGCAGGCAUCCAGAAGAGAGCGCAGGAGCUGAACAGGCGUUUGCGAGCCCCGGUCAAAGCCUUCUUCUCCCACCUGUGUGAGGUGGUUCAGCCCUGUCUAACAGGAAGUGACGGGCGACCCGACGGUCAGGUGCUGGUGUCCCUGACGCGACAGGAGGAUGGCAACAUCAGCAUGAAGCUGAAGAGCGAGCUGGCAGGGCUGCCCUUCUACUGGGAGUUUCACUGCACCCCAGCCCCCAUCACUGUGGUGUGUGUUCAGCUGGUGCGCCCCCUGCUGGCGAUGAGUCAUCUGCUGCAGCGGCAGGUGGAGCAGCUCGCAGGUCUGCUGGCGAGGAAGGACGCAGAGAUCCAGGACUACAGAGAGAACGGAGCCACGCUCAGCAGAGCGCGGCUGCAGACGGACGUUUUUGUGGAGCAAGCCUUCAGAGAGGACUUCAUGUCAAAGACUCUUCCUCUGCUGCGCUCUGAACAGCAGGACGCAUUGGGCUUCAAUGCCGACCUCCAGCAGCUGUACGCGGCCAUCGUCGCCCACGGCAACGCAGGCACAAGGAAACGCAAACUGUCCGAGGAGCGCCCUGUCGAGGAGGACCAGCCGCCCACUGAAGAACCAGACCUCACCUCGUCUCUCGGUGGAUCUGUCAGCAGUGAAGCAGGUGAGGACAGAGCGGACGCAGCCGGAGCCAAGAUGGCCGACAGACCCAAACAGUCUCUACCGGUCACGUCCGAACCUGCUGAGCGAACGUCCAACAAACCAAAGAAGAAGAAAGUCGGACUGUUCAGAUGAGUCCGAGCAGUAGGACGCACACACAGAUGCCAAUUCAGAACUUCGUUAGAAAAAGUGCUGUUUUUAAUCCCUAAUUCGAUGAAAUAUGGGCUUUAAACCCGUGUCUUAUUUUUAAACUUUGAUCACGGACAAUUUUAUAGUUUGAGAGACUUAAGCUGGUUUUAAUUGGGUUUAGAUUUUAGACUUUUAGAUUUUUUUUUUAAAGUCUGAAUUUUGUGGGGUUCUAGAGAAAUCAAGCAAGCUGUCGAAUAAAGAUGUAAAUAUCACUUU